AUGCUCAAACCAAUUGUAAUAUCAGUGUGUGUGCUGCUUGUAGUGCAACAUGGUAAGUUAAUUUGUUACAUUUAUUACUUUUUUGACAUUUCCAAAAGGCUUACAGUUUAUUAACCUUUUUCUAUCAAAGUAAAAUACAACUUAUGUUAUUCCCAACAAGUAUAGUUAAAAAGCAUCUACGUAUACUUGUACGUUGAGAUAAAUUAGUAUAUUAGGCUUGAAUUUUAAAAAUUUAAGUAUUUUACCUACUACAAUAUAAUUUUUCUAUUCCAUUAAACUUUUUUUUGUAAAAUAUGAAGUGUUAAAAAAGUGCAGAGUUUUAAAAUGAAAUAUGAUUUGAUUUAUGGUCAAGUUCAAUAAAUGUUUAUUUUUGUUUUGACUGAUUUCCAAGAACAGACUGACUCUGUUUACAAUACUUCCGCUUUUUAAUGAAAACGCUGUGUUAAUGAAGUCAUAAAUUCUACUUUUCUUAAAAUUAAGACAGUAGAUAGAAAAAUUAUACAUGUAAAGUUAAGCUACUCUUUUAGCGUUCUGUAGCCCUUUUGUUUAAAAAACGACCAACAAUAUAAUAAUAGCUCAUUCUAUUCAAAAACUAAUUUUACGACCAAAAACUUUCUAACCACCCCGAUAUUACUCUCAAAAUAUACCUAAAGAACUCACCUUUCCAGUAAACGCAGCCAAAUCCUGCUACUCAGGCCAGAACCAACGUUACGCAGAAAAACAAUGUUCAAGCGGCAGUCUUGACCUCGAGUAUGUAUGUCAGACCUUUACAUGUGAAGGUGGUAAAUGUAAGUUAACCAAAUGAAGUGACUUCUCUUUUGUGUAGCUCCUUUUACGCUACGAACGUGUGCCCGCAAGAACAUGGGAUGUAUAGCUGGACCAAGGAUCUGUCAGUUCAGUGGAGGCAAAGGCCAAUGUCAACGUUGUGACAAAGACUUGUGUAAUCGAUAA